AGAGGCACUUAAGCCCAUUAAUUACAAAAAGUGUGUUAUUUACAGAUAGGCCUAUUAGUAACAGACCCUAGAGGGGACGUUUAGGAUACAAAACCACAAGGAGAUGUUUGUUUUUAUCAGGAACUGGCCUACCUGUUGCAUCUUAUCUGGCAGACGCAUUAAAACAAUGACCAACUGGGGGCUUAUCUGCUUUGUGUUUGGGUGAUUAGAAGGCAUUAUUCCAACAUGGAGGAAGGAGGUCGCGAAGCCACUACUGUGCAGACGCGGGCACUCCUACGCCUCCGAUCUGCCUCCGCCGUUCAUUGGUCCAUUCAGCAUCUUCAGCACCACCGGGGCUGAACAGCGACACACAGCCAUGCAGCUCUCAUCGAAUGAGGAUGGCGCGCGACGCACGGAGCCCUACGAGGUUACUAUGAUGCUGUUUGUGUGGUUUUUGCAGCACUAGUGCCAUCCUUUCAUCACUUCACCGCAUAUGUUUACAGUCGGCGUAUUGCAGGUCGUUCUCAUCCUUCGUCUUGAUCGUGAACAACCCGUGUGUGUCGUCUCACCCUCCAAGAGGAAGCUUUUUUCUCUCUCUCUCCAGAUGCCUGAUUCACCGACGCUCGGAAUCCCGGGUUUUGUCAGCUUCACCGGGGUUCCCUCCCUUUGAGUCGACAGGCAUGACGGUUCAGCUCACAGACUGGAACGCCGCCGCUCAGGUUCUCGGCAGCAGCAGCAGCAGCAGCAGCAGCAGCAUCUCAUGUUCAGUGCCGCAUCAACAAGCACCGCCGCCCGACCACCGGGUCCCCCUGCCGGCGCCCUGGCGUCCACCUGUCCCCCGACGCCUCUUGUGACAUGACAGCACGGGCAAGAAAGAAGAGGUUUAAAGGCUACGCGCAGGAUCGUGGGUUUGAGCCUGGUGUCGGAUCCUGGAGGAGAGGGCAGGAGGGAGAGGACUGUCUGCACGGUCUGAGGAGACAGGAUCCAAUCUGACGUCUGGGAAACAUGUCUGUGGGACUUUAUUAACCUGGGCGGUGCGGUUGUUUGUUUGUUUUUUUCUUUUCUUUUGUUUGUUUGUUUGUUUUGGAGGGGUCAGAGCUCGGGGUCAGCCCCAGACCAGUGCACCUGCAGCAGCUGCUGGUGUCGCGCUCACCUCUUCAGCAGGGCGGGUGCCCGCUGGAGGCUGGCAUCACCAGGGCAGCCUCAUCCUCAUGUGAUCCCUCUGAAGAAAGCUUCUUUUGAGUUCUGAUUCGGGCCUGUACAGUGUGGUAGCACCCACCUUUGCCUUACAGUUUCAUCUGAUGCACGGCCUCGUAGUGUUGAUCCUGGUCAAGUCCCAGACAGCAGUGCUGCUCCCCAGGCCCGUCCAGUUCAGUUGGCUGCUGCUGACCAUCACCUUCACCUGCACAGCCAUGGGGUGCAUCCAGAGCAUAGCCUGCAACAAGACCCGCAUCAAACGGGAGAACAUCGUAGUGUACGACCUGUCCGCCACCAUAGACCACUGCCCCACUAUCAUAGAGGAGAACUCGCCUAUAGUGCUCCGGUACAAGACGCCUUAUUUCAAAGCGUCAGCGCGGGUUGUCAUGCCCCCUAUUCCGCGCAAUGAGACAUGGGUGGUGGGUUGGAUCCAGGCGUGCACCCAGAUGGAAUUUUACAACAGCUAUGGAGACGUCGGCAUGUCGAGCUGGGAGCUGCCUCAGCUACGAGAAGGCCUGGUGAGGGCCAUCAGUGACUCCGAUGGCGUCAGUUACCCCUGGUAUGGAAACACAACAGAGACUGUCACUAUAGUCGGCCCUACCUCCAAGCCAUCUCGCUUCAUAGUUAGCAUGAAUGACAAUUUUUACCCCAGUGUCACCUGGGCCGUGCCGGUCAGUGAAUCCAACACCCCCUUACUGACUAACAUCAAAAGAGACCAGAGUUUCACCACCUGGCUGGUGGCGCUCAACACCACGUCCAAGGAAAAGAUUCUCCUCCACACCAUCAAGUGGAGGAUGAGGGUUGACAUCGUGGUGGACCCGACCCUGCCUCUGGGCUCCAGGGCCAGACUGGUGGGCCGGGUGCACCAGGACCAGCCACGGGUGCUGACCCGCAUGGAGUCAAUCCCUCCUAACGCCACGGGGAGACCCAAUGCUAAUGAUGCCCAGGUUCUGAUGUGGAGGCCGAGGAGAGGCCCUCCUAUGGUCGUCAUACCACCAAAAUAGUGUUAAUCCUGAUUGGCCGUGGGGUUUUUACAUCACCAUGGCCUGUUUGUGCAGCAAAGUGGCUAAAUGGAUAACUACACGAACAAGCAACAAAAGACAAAGAUUUUUAAGCAGGCUGAGAGUUGUACAAACUGUUGAUGGCACAAAUCGGAAUAAAAUCUUGAGGGGACAACUGCCUUAAUUCCCCACCGCUGCCUUUGACGAUCCAGAAAGUAUGUUGGUCUCUUAUCUCUGGUGCUGCUGAGCUAUCGGGUGUGCAGGCCUGUACUCCAAUCCAGCACCACUGAGGCGCUGUCAGUGCUGGGGGGUGUAAUCUGUACUGUAGCUACUCAGGCCCAGACGGAAACGAUCAAACCUAAAUACAGACAAUGUUCAGAGUGUCCGUCAGCCUUAAUGAUGACUGGACUGGACAGAGAAGUGUUGUCUGAGAGCGUAACAAAAGAAAGGUCUUACUGUUUGUGUAAUACAGGUCUGAGGAGAACACUGCUGCGGGGUUUACUCGUUAUGGACAGAGAUGACUAUAAGAUCCACUGAAAUGUCACUGGACGAUGCUUUUAGAGAUGGUCCGAGUGUGGGAACAGUAUUCAGGCAUGUGUCUAUGUGUUUGUAGUUGUUUCCUCUAACGGAACUCCAGGGUCAGGGUCAAGGUUUGCUGCUUUGUCACACCAGACUGCCUCACACAUUUACGCACACACACAUCACACACACACAUACAGACCAGAGGCCUCAUUUUGUUUGCAUUGAUGCUUCUAGAUUGUUGGACAGUUUAAAAGCAUGAUUUCAAGCAGUAGUAAGAACCGAACAUCCAUACACACACAUGCAUUUACUUAACUCAUCUGACAUAUCACAGGAAAUGUAGAGAAUGGAUUUGUUCAUAUGCACAUAAAUCUCAUAAAUGUAACCCUGCAGCAGCUUUUCUUUCUAACAAUCACAAAUGGCCAGUUCAUCUAAGCUGCCUUUUUUGAGAAACCAGUGAUGCCUGCAUUAACAAUAGCCUCAUCGAGAAAAGAACAUCCUUUCUUGUCCCAUUAGAUCAGAUUUGUAAGGUGCAGAAGUAAGAUUUCUUUAUUCGAAAAUGAGUGUAUGAGUGGCUGCGACAGGACAAACAGAGCUACAGCAUGACGUGUUUACCAGACAGUAUAUGUUCUUAUGAAGAACCACUGGAAAAAAGAGAUGUAUUUACCCAGGAAAGUUUUAUGGAUAUGUUCACUUAAAUGAUA